UCCCGCCGCUCCCGGUGCUCCGCGUCCCGCUGCCGUCCCGCGCCCCGUCGCCGACCCACCGCCACCAUGGAGGCCAUCAAGAAGAAGAUGCAGAUGCUGAAACUGGACAAGGAGAACGCCAUCGACCGCGCCGAGCAAGCGGAGGCUGACAAGAAGCAGGCGGAGGACCGCUGCAAACAGCUGGAGGAGGAACAGCAGGGCCUGCAGAAGAAACUGAAGGGCACUGAGGAUGAGGUGGAGAAGUAUUCCGAGUCUGUCAAGGAGGCCCAGGAGAAGUUAGAGCAGGCAGAGAAGAAAGCCACAGACGCUGAGGCUGAAGUGGCUUCCCUCAACCGCCGUAUCCAGCUGGUAGAGGAGGAGCUGGACCGAGCCCAGGAGCGCCUGGCCACUGCCCUGCAGAAGCUGGAGGAGGCUGAGAAGGCAGCUGAUGAGAGCGAGAGAGGCAUGAAGGUCAUUGAAAACAGAGCCAUGAAAGAUGAGGAGAAAAUGGAGCUCCAGGAAAUGCAGCUGAAGGAGGCAAAGCACAUAGCAGAGGAGGCUGACCGCAAAUAUGAGGAGGUCGCCCGCAAGCUGGUGGUCCUUGAGGGAGAGCUGGAGCGCUCAGAGGAGAGGGCAGAGGUGGCAGAGAGUAAAUGUGGUGACCUAGAGGAGGAGCUGAAAAUUGUCACCAACAACUUGAAGUCCCUGGAGGCCCAGGCUGACAAGUACUCUACCAAGGAGGACAAGUACGAGGAGGAAAUCAAGCUUCUAGGGGAAAAACUGAAGGAGGCUGAGACCCGGGCGGAGUUUGCAGAGAGGUCUGUUGCGAAGCUGGAGAAAACCAUUGAUGACCUAGAAGAGCGCUCUCAGCAGGAGGCCGAGAAAAACCGUGUUCUCACUAACGAGCUGCGGGUCAUCCUUACUGAACUUAACAACUGAGCUGCCCAAAGCUCCUGGCCCCGGCCCAGCCUCCCUGCCCUGUUUUGGCCAGGCUGGCUCAGGGCUGGGAGUCCCUACCUGCUCCCCACUGGUGCAAGGCGAGGUGUGAAACCUUGGCUUAUCCUCACAGGGGUAACUACCCUGCGUGGGGGGGGACAGGAAGCCCCUCUGGAACCUGAUUGUUUUUUUUGUGGGAGAGGAAUAAGGGUUUUGUGAUGUACUGGGGUGCCCACGUGGUGAUGGCUGUCCUCUGGCAUCAGCCUGGCUCUGCCAAGGGAGGUGGUGGUUUAUAUCGCUGCUUUCCUCCCCUUUUCCCAGGAGUUGAUGGGCAGCCUCUUCCUCCUCACUCUGUCACCCCAAAAUGUGCAGGGAAGAUCCUCUCAGAAAGGGGUCCCUGCAGGGUGCCAGGAUUGCUGGGAUAGGAGCUGGGGACCCAGCAGCACCCACUGACCCAAUCCUGGGGCAGAGGACAGGGAAGAGACCAGCAGGGCGCACUGGGAGAUAGGGCUGGGUAGGCAGAGCUCCUGUUCCAUCCCCAUCUCGGGGGAAGGAGGAUGCCAUUUGGCAGUGAACAUCAGAGGAGGCUGCCUUGGCAGCGGGCUGCCUGGCAGAGCUCAUCCCUGUAGCCUUGUUAGCUCUGCUCCUUAUCUCUCUGUUAUCGUCUCUGCCUGCCCUCCCAGGCUGUUAUGAGUUUGUUGUCUCACUCCUUUUCUUCCCGGAGCACUGCUGGGUCACACAGCAGGCGCUGGCUCUCCGCUUUCACUGGCAAAGGGUUUGUGCAUGUGCCCACAGCCAGCCAGUGCUGACGCCUCGGGGCUGGCCAAGUAAUGGUCCUCUCCAGCGGCACGUGCACUGCGGAGGGCUCAGCCAUGGGCCACGGGCACCGUGGGAAGAUGGAAAUGCUGAAGAGCAGCAACUGCCUGCCCCAGUGACCAGCCCUGACUGGCCUGGGUGCCCUGGCAGGUCCCAGAGUGGCUGGACUCAUCCCUGCUGGAGAUGGGGUGGUUUGUGUGGACUCUGCUCCACCAGGAAUGCCCCAUGCGGCUGGAGGCCACUGCUGUACUGAAAUGUCUGUCUGUGUGCGUGUGUCUGUGCUUGGUGUGGUGUGUGUGGGUCUGGCUGCACCUGGGUACCCUUGGGUUGUGUCUGUGUGUGGCUGGGUGUCCCUUGCAU